AUUUAAUUCGUGUGCUUUAUUUUAAAUGACAUUUUCGAAUUAUUUUUAUUAUGAAGGUUUAACCUUUAGCACGUGUGUGAGUGUGAUUUAUUUUUGAACAGUGGAAAAUUGGUGAAUUUUCUUCCGGAUAUGUGUUACAAUGUACCGUUUAUUAAAAUUAACAAAUUAUUCGACACGAGAUCGUCGAAUUUUAUCACAAUCGUUUUCACAUGUUGUGAAAUCGAAUAAUCCUUGUAGUUUUUGUAACAUCACACAUCGAACUCAUGGCAUUUUUAAAACAGGCUUUCGUCGAUAUCAAUCGACGCAGGAAUGUUUACAACCAAAUGCGAAAAUCAAGAAAAGAAUACGAAAAAGUAAAAAGUUAAGCACAGAAUUAUUAAGUGAAGAUAUGAAAACAGAAGCGUUGACUGAGACCCGAAUGUCUGUUGGUAAAUUUAAUAAAAAACAUUUAUUUUUACUCACAAAUUCAAAAUUUGAAGUAGAUGAAUUACAAAAGGCAACAUACUCGAAUAAUUUUAGUAGUUUUGCCAAGCAUACCAAUCCAAAAUCAGUAUUACAUGACGAUUUACCCAAUGAUUUAUUACUACAUGAUCAUUUUGAUUCGAUAAAAUCAUCAGAAAGUUUAUUAGAUGAUCCAGAAGUUCAUAAAAAUUUUAUUGAAGAAUUGGAGGAUCAUCAAACUUUUGACGAUGGUACAACGGAACAGAUUAUAUCGAAUACCAUGACUACAGCUUCGGAUUGCGUUGAUAAGAAGAAACCUACUAGGAGAAAGCGCUCGAAAAAAGAUGCAGAUUUUACGGAGAAUAUGAAAAAAUUCCAAGAACUAGAAAAACAAGCAAAAUCCGAAUCAUUAUCUCGUAUUGUUUUAGCUUACGCUGAUUUAUGUGUAGCGCACGAUAAAACAAAUCGAGGUUUACAAGCGUUAUAUUACUAUUUGGAUCGAGCACGUCGUAAUGCUCAAAUGCCAAAAAUCUUAAACAUAAAAGUUUAUAAUUGUUUGAUUGAGGGUUUCGCUGCCAAAGGCAAUUAUAGUAAAGUUGGUGAAGUACUUUCAAUUAUGAAAAAAGAAAAUAUUUUACCAAAUUUACAAACAUAUGUUGGAAUUUUUGAAUGUUUGGGUCAUCUAGCUGAAAAAGAUUCGAUAAAAUUAUUGGAAAGUUAUCGGAAAGAUAUUGAGUCUAAAGGUUAUCAAUUAAACGAUUUAUUAGAUAAAGGCAUGUUUAUUGGAACACGUCGUGAAUCUGUUCUAGUUGCAAUACGUCGAUUAAUACCCGAUUUCGAACCGAAAUACACCAAACCAAAUAUUCAAUACAAUUGUGAUUUAUUAAAUCAAUUAAAUCAUCCAGAUCAGAUUAAUCUACUUGAAAAUUUAUCAAAAUUAGUUCAAAACGAUCAUCAAAAUAUAAAAUUUUUAAAUUCAAAUAUCAAUCAAUUGGAUAAUGAUCUCUUUAUUACCGAUAUUAAACAUAAAAAUAAUAUUGAAAUAAAACGAACACAAUUAUUGGCAAAUAUACAAAAUUUAUUAACACGUAAAUCAUUAAAUUUGGAAUCAACACUUGAAACAAAUACAUAUGAUCCAUUAACAAGUAAUUUUAGUACAUUUAUACCUGUUACAUCUUGUACGAAUAAUAUUGAAAUGAUGGCGGCUGCAUCAUCAUCACACACGGCUUCUUCAACCACGGCAACAACUGCAACGUUACCAAAUUUUUCAAGUUUUAAAAAUUUUGUUGAAGAGUAUAUUAAAGUUUAUGUACCGGCUAAACCGAAUAUUGAAUCGGGAAUUAAGGUUAAUAUUAAGGAUGAUAAGAAAUUGAAGAUGUUUACAACAGAGGAAUUGAAACAGAGAGCAAAGGAACAGAUUAAAUUGGAACAGAAUGGAUUCAUUCAAGUGAAUUCGAUUGUUAAACAAAAUGAAGAUCCUGUAGAAGUUGUUAAUCAUUUCCGUACGAAAUUAAAAGAGACUGAAGCACAUUGGACCAAAGUAAUAAAAACAAGUAUAUCACGUGACUUACAAGCAUUACAAUCGCAAACACAAGCUACAGGAGGUGCAAGAGGAACACCUAGUUUACAUGAAUGUUUACAUGCGUUACCAAUUGAUGAUCUAGUACAAAUUGUUUUACAAGAAGUGCGAAAAGUUAGUGAAGGUUCUGAAACAUAUAGUCCAACAUUAUCGCAAUUAUACAGGGAAAUUGGACAAGUUGUUCAUUCAAGGUAUCAAGUGAAAUUAAAACAAUCAAAUGGUGUAUUAGAUAAAGUUGAUAAUAUUUAUGGGAAAUAUUGUGAUUGGUAUGCAAAUUAUUAUUUACGGAAUGAUCAUAAAGAGCGUACUAUUAACUCACGACAAUAUUGGCAAGCUUUAGUUUAUGCCGAUCAAACGGGUCCAACAUUGAAUAAUGAGGAUCGUAUAUGGCCAUUUACAUUAAUCGUUGCUGUUGGAAAAUUCUUGUACAAUAUUAUUUUGAAAGAUUUGAAAAUUAACGUUAAUGCUGUCAAAUUGAAGAGUAAACAGAGUAAACUUCUCCCAGCAUUCUAUACGUUAUUUCGCACCCAAGGUCAUAUUGUUAAAGAAGAAAUCAAAGCUCAUCCAGUGAUAACUCGUUUAUUCCAAGGUGCUGCUUUACCACAAAUUACAUUCCAUGCUAGUUUAUUACCUAUGUAUUGUCCGCCAAAACCAUGGGUCGACUAUAAUGGUGGGGGAUAUUUAGUUACACACACCGAUAUGCUACGUUUACCGCCACAAGCGACGCAACAAAUUGAACGUGUUACCCAACAUUCAGAUAAAACGCAACUGUAUCCUUCGUUCGAUUCACUAAAUCAAUUGGGCGCAGUACCAUGGUGUGUUAAUGAACCAAUAUUGGAUUUAUUAAUUGAUAUAUUCCAAUCGGGUGGAAGUUCUCGCUUAGGAGUAGCCCAGCAUCCAUCAACAUGUCCUGCACCACCACCACUUGGUGAAAAUCCAACAAAACAAGAACGAUUUCAAGCGUUUCGAUUGCGGUUAGCAGUACGUCGACGUAAAGCUGAAAUGUAUUCACUUUGGUGUGAUGCGUUAUAUCGUUUAUCGUUAGCCAAUCAUUUUCGUGGAAAAAUAUUUUGGCUACCUCAUAAUAUGGAUUUCCGUGGUCGAGUUUAUCCAGUUCCGCCACACUUAACUCAUUUAGGUUCGGAUUUAGCCCGAUCGUUACUUGUAUUCGCGGAUAAACAACCGUUAGGUCCACAUGGAUUACGUUGGUUAAAAUUACAUCUGGUGAAUUUAUGUGGUACAAAAAAACGUUUCUCCAUUGAAGAACGAUUAGAAUAUAUUAAUACGGUAAUGAAUGAAAUAUUCGAUUCAGCGGAUAAUCCUCUAAAUGGACGUAUGUGGUGGGCUGAAUCUGAAGAACCCUGGCAAACUUUGGCAUGUUGUAAAGAAAUCGCGAACGCAAUACGUUCUCCAGAUCAUACAAAAUAUAUGACAAAUUAUCCAGUUCAUCAAGAUGGCUCAUGUAACGGCCUACAACAUUAUGCAGCUUUGGGUCGUGAUACAGCUGGGGCGAAAUCUGUGAAUUUGACACCCUCGGAAUACGCACAAGAUGUGUAUAGUGCGGUAGCAACAUUAGUAGAAGAACAACGUAAAAAGGAUGCAGAACAAGGUGUGCCAAUCGCAAAAGUUUUAGAUGGAUUUGUACAGCGUAAAGUAAUCAAACAGACUGUUAUGACAACCGUUUACGGAGUUACACGAUUUGGGGCACGAUUACAAAUUGCUAAACAAUUAAAAGAUUUAGAUGAUUUCCCGAAAGAAAGUGUAUGGCAAGCAUCAUCGUACUUAACAACGAAAACAUUCGAAUCGUUACGAUCGAUGUUUACAUCAACACGUGAGAUUCAAGAUUGGUUUACGGAUUGUGCUCGUUUUAUAUCCGGACAAUGUUUACAAAAUGUGGAAUGGAUAACACCAUUAGGUUUACCGGUUGUACAACCGUAUAAUCGCUAUCGUAAACUUGAUCAUACAAGUCAUUCGAAAAAUUAUAUUUCUGAACAUUAUGCGAUGGAUUCGUUCGAACGCCCUAAUGUUAUGAAACAAAAAAAUGCAUUUCCACCAAAUUUUAUACAUUCUCUGGAUUCUAGUCACAUGAUGUUAACGUCGAUAUAUUGUGAACGAGCUGGAAUAUCGUUUGUAUCGGUUCACGAUUGUUUUUGGACACAUCCAAGCACUGUUCAAACUAUGAACAAGAUUUGCCGAGAACAAUUUGUUGCCCUACAUUCACAACCAAUUUUAGAAAAUUUAUCGGAAUUUUUAUGUGAUAGAUAUAUAAUUCAAAAUACAUCAAAUGAAAAUAUUGAUGGAAAAUCGUUUAAAAUCUUAAGGAAAUUACCACAAAUCGGAGAUUUCAAUUUAGAUAGUGUAUUAAAAUCGGUAUAUUUUUUUAGCUAGUUGAGUUAAUUUUUUUUUUAAUUUAGCUAGUAAUUUCCAAAGCACAAGGAUCUACUUCAUUUUUCAACAACAUCCACACAGCUUUAUUGUUAAUUUUUGUUGUC